AUGGACGAACCUCGUACUGCUAGCUUGGACAGAAAGACCAAUGAAACCGACAUCAAGGUUUCUAUCAACCUCGACGAUAAGUUUGAUCAAAAGAUCAACAUCAAUACUGGCAUUGGUUUUCUUGAUCAUAUGUUGCAUGCUCUUGCUAAACAUGGUGGUUGGUCCUUAGAUGUUACUUGCGUGGGUGACCUUCACAUUGAUGACCACCAUUCUGCUGAAGAUACCGGUAUUGCUCUUGGUAUGGCCUUUAAGAAGGCUCUCGGUACUCCUAGAGGUAUCAAGCGCUUUGGCUCUGCAUUCUGUCCAUUGGAUGAGGCUCUUGCUAGAUCUGUUGUAGAUAUCUCUGGUCGUCCUUUUGCUGAUGUGAACCUUGACUUGAAGCGUGAGAUGAUUGGCACAUUAUCCACUGAAAUGAUCCCUCAUGUAUUGGAAUCCUUUGCUGGUGCCGCUGGAAUCACUCUCCAUGUCGAUGUGUUGAAGGGCAAGAAUGACCACCACAAGGCUGAAGCUGCCUUCAAGUCCUUGGCUGUCGCUCUCCGUGAAGCUUGUGCUAGAACUGGUACUAACGAUGUUCCCUCCACCAAGGGUGUUUUAUAG